AGUUACGAAGUGCAACUGAAGAAAGUUGAAAGUGAAAUGCAGAAAUUGAGAGAUGCGUCAUCGAUUAAUAAUGCGAAUAUAUCGCUCUAUACGCAACAUUGCCCACCGUUACUCAAACUCGUCCUCGAAUUGGGUGAUAUAAGUGAGAAGAAUUCAUUGUUGAAUGCGUCGCAAAGAAGACGCUUGAUGCGCUAUACGACUGAUUUUAAUCUGCGAGAAGCUUUGAUGCGUAAAGGCAAAUUGAAGGAACCGAACGCAUUCAGCAUAUCGAAUGUUGACGAUAGUGAAGAUGAUGAAUUGGUCGAGGUUCUCGAGAAUAUAAUGUCAGCAGAAAAUUCAAAGACGGGAUUCGAUUCGAGCGCUAAAAAGACACAGCAAGAGGGCGAUGGCAACAAAAAGAUGGUCGACAUGGUGAUGCCAUCGAACUCGAAAAUGAUUGAAGAAUCAAAGAAACUCUCUGAUGACAGCGAUGAAGAGAUGCAGAUGAACGAUCGNCACAAACAGAAAAGAAUUUCAUUCUGCAUUGAUUUAGCUGAUGAAAAGAAACGGAAUAAGAAGGUGGUCAAGGAGAAGGAGCAGAAAAAUCAGACUGAAAGUGAACUGAGAAAACCGCCACAAUUACAAACACAGUCACCGUCGCAGCCAUCGCUAAGACGCAGUCGAAGGUUGGCGAAUGCGGCUUUACAUGAGGAAACUUUUGCAGAGCAUUUACAACGUAAACUUGCGCGUGGCCUGCCAUCGUCGUCAUCGCUUUCGUCAGCAUCGCCGUCAACAUCGAAAAUAUCAUUCAGUGAUGUUCAACACAAGUAUUUUUUUGGAUUGUCGUUGUUUUGA